AUGGAUGCCGAUAUGGAUAUCGCUGACAAGGAAUUCAUCAAAUUUUUUUCAAAAACUGCUUCGAAAGUCAACUGCUCGGUAUAUCGACGAGACUUGAUCCGCGCCUUCAUUGCGGAAGGAGGCAUUGAUACUCACAGACGAUAUGUCCAUAAUACUAAAAUGACGAGGAUGAUUCUCGGUAGCGAGUACUCAAUGGAGCAGAAGGCAAAGAUGUUCUUCGUGGCGAGAGUCCCAAUGACUGACACGGAAUUUCUCAGAAAGCUGGAACAAGAUUUCACCGUCAAGACAAGCCAGAAAAUGAUUAUUGGGUUGUACUCGAAAACCGAUGGAAAAUCAAUAUUCGAGGCGGUGGAUUCAAAGCAAAAAAGGAUUCGAAUCGGACCAGCUCCCUCUACUCCAACGACAAGUGGUCCAGUGAAGCGGGCGGCCUCGGAGCCUCUUAUUCCAAGCCCAGAGCAGAAGAAGAUGGCCAUGGAGCUGCACGAUUCAAAAGAGACACCUACACCAGAAGUAUCAAUGGUCAGACCAAAUCCGAAUACACCCGAACUGGAAAUUCAGAGUGUUGUUCCACCUACAAUCAUCCCAGCCUGUCGUAACCAUGUGAUCGUCAAUUUCCUCCAGCGACUCCAGAUGACGAUCACUGGAUUUCACAGACAUGAGUUGGGCGGUCUCUGCAAGAAGAUUAAGGAGGCAAUCCAGUUGGUAGGAAGCAGUGAGAUAGUCCAACUUCCGUUUCGCAUUGCUGAGAUUAUGAAUAUGUUCAUGGGAAAACUGAAGGGACAGAGAUGUGUUGGGCCUCUCAAUGGGGAGUUCUUUAUUUUCGAGUGGGACCUCGUGGACAUCCUGUUGGGGCGUAUGGAAGAUUGCACAUCGUUGGAGCAUUUUGUGGAAGCAUUGAAGAACAAGCAAAUGAAAGUUAGAAUGAAUGAAGAACUCAUUGUGUCUUACUUGGAAGUCGGCGAAGUGUUCUCGAACUUUGUUGGUUAUAUUGCUGAUAAGUGUUAG